AUUUGGGGUGAAACGUGCGUGACGUUUUUGAAGCCGACAAGAUGUCUCUUUUGUUGCACAGAGUCGGAAACCUUAUUGGUCACAAGACAUCUAAGUUGUCUUCGAUUCGACCUCAGUAUAUAACAGGAAGGCAAGUCUGUCCGCCAGUCUGUGUACUUUCUGCCGGACUGAAGAACUUCCCGAUUCCCAAGAACUAUGACCAUGUUGAAAUUCCUGAGCAGUCUAAGCUGAAGUUCUACCAGAGAGUUCCAGACUUGGUGAAGCAUGUGAGAGAACCCAGGGGUAUAAAGAUGCUGAGGGGACCAGCAGAUCCUGAACAAAGUGUUUUAAUAGGCAAACAGUAUGGGAUAAAGGCUCUCUCUCCAGGCCUUAUGAGGUGGGGGCACUUUGAGAUGAUCCGUCUCACCAUCAACCGUCGCAUGGACACCAAAACCAUGUGGGCAAAAUGGCGCAUCGAGGCGCCCUACAAACCCAUCACGAAAAAGGGACAGGGCCACCGCAUGGGUGGCGGUAAGGGCGCGAUCGAUCACUAUGUCACACCGAUUAAACAAGACCGUAUCGUUGUGGAAAUGGGUGGGAAGAUGGACUUUGAGGUGGUGUAUCCCAUGUUGAGGGAGAUCGCACAGAAGUUGCCCUUUGAAGCCAAACCUGUGAGUCAGGAAAUGUUGGAUGAGGAAGAGAAGGAGGAAAAGUGGAGGGAGGAGAACAACCAGAAUGAGUUCACUUUCGAAGAUGUAGUGAAGAAGAACAUGAUGGGAUGCAGUAAAUACAUCAGCAAAUACGACAGUCAGUGGUUUGCAAAAUAUAAGUAGACAUACCAGGUAGAUUUCAUCUUCAUACUGACA